GAAGGAGAAGAAGAAGAAGAAGAAGAAGAAGAAGAAGAAGAAGAAGAAGAAGAAGAAGAAGAAGAAGAAGAAGAAGAAGAAGAAGAAGAAGAAGAAGAAGAAGAAGAAGAAGAAGAAGAAGAAGAAGAAGAAGAAGAAGAAGAAGAAGAAGAAGAAGAAGAAGAAGAAGAAGAAGAAGAAGAAGAAGAAGAAGAAGAAGAAGAAGAAGAAGAAGAAGAAGAAGAAGAAGAAGAAGAAGAAGAAGAAGAAGAAGAAGAAGAAGAAGAAGAAGAAGAAGAAGAAGAAGAAGAAGAAGAAGAAGAAGAAGAAGAAGAAGAAGAAGAAGAAGAAGAAGAAGAAGAAGAAGAAGAAGAAGAAGAAGAAGAAGAAGAAGAAGAAGAAGAAGAAGAAGAAGAAGAAGAAGAAGAAGAAGAAGAAGAAGAAGAAGAAGAAGAAGAAGAAGAAGAAGAAGAAGAAGAAGAAGAAGAAGAAGAAGAAGAAGAAGAAGAAGAAGAAGAAGAAGAAGAAGAAGAAGAAGAAGAAGAAGAAGAAGAAGAAGAAGAAGAAGAAGAAGAAGAAGAAGAAGAAGAAGAAGAAGAAGAAGAAGAAGAAGAAGAAGAAGAAGAAGAAGAAGAAGAAGAAGAAGAAGAAGAAGAAGAA